GAUGAACGCAGCCAUAUUGACAACAGGCUCACAGGGUUGCCAUAUCUAAAUGUCAGUUCCCACUUGUCAAUUGUCAGCAGCUUGACAGGUCGUUGGAAUGGUUAAUUAGAUAAAUAAUAAAUUACUUAUAUUCUUACUUGCCAUACUUUUUUAAGAAUUUAACAAUAACUACUUUGUGAUGGCUUCUAAAACCAAAACGCUGCAACUAUACAGAACCAUGUUGAGAGAAUCCAGUAAAAUUCCUUCAUAUAAUUUUAGGGAGUAUGCCAUUCGCAAAAUACGUGAUACUUUCAAACAAAACAAACAAUGUACAGAAUCUACAGUAAUUCAAAAUCAACUCAAAGAAGCCCAAAGGAAUUUAGAAAUAAUUAAAAGACAAGCAAUUGUUGGUCAACUGUACAGUACAGAGAAGCUCGUAAUAGAAUACACUACAUAAAGAUGAAUGUCUCUUGUUAAAAUAUAUAAAUUUCUUACCGGUGUACAUUUUUUCCAUUUCACUUUGAGGUUCAAUCAAAGUUACUAAUUAGCAAGUUGUACCUUGUACCUACUCAAAUGAGAAAAUUUGUCAAACCCUUAUGAUGUUUAAUUAACCCAACAUCUAUGGAUAAUUAUUAUUUACAUGUGAAAAAAUAUGAUUAAAAGUCACUAGAAAAUAAUAUGAUGUAAAAAACGAUUUAAUUACAAAGCAAAUAAAAUUAUAAAUCUAGAAGUAAAUAAUACAAAAUACAUCGUCUCACUCAGAAAUUUGCCAAGAAAUAUUAACAGACAGACAUUAACAACUUCCAUCCAGUUUACUAGAAGACGUCAUUAGCCUCAGCUAACCAUUUUUGCAUCCAUCCUGACAGAUACUGCAAUAUUAAUUUUAUUUUUACUUUCGUAUUGUUAAAUAUAAUUCUCACUUGUAUCUUUGUAACCC